CUCUACAUUCAGCCAUGUAUUCAGCGAUGCCACAGAAAGAGAAACAUGGCGAAGCAUAAAACAUACUCGGCAUAUUCGGUUCGAAUCGUGUCGGUCGUUAGAAUUUUUAUGUUUAUCAGUUGUUGAAUAGCUCUUGAUUUGAACAGAAGUCGUGAAGGGAAGUAGUGAAAGUGUGUUGUCUAGAAAUACAAUACAAUAAAGCACAAAAUAAAUAAGAGAAAAAAGCUAAGAAUAAAACAGAAGACAAAGUGAGCAAAUAAUAAUUAACACGAAUAGCAAAGUGAAUAUUGUCGAAGUCGAUCACUGAUAGUAAGAAAGCAUUUAGUUGGCGAGUGUCCCAAUUAUUCGGUGAAGAGCUGCGAAGAACCAAAUGAUGGCUGCUCUAUCGUCACACCCGAAUUACGGAUUUCAUCUGGGAGGUCAAGGAUUGGACAUUCCUACUCCGGGCGAUUAUGCCCCACAAAGUACCAUUAGCCCCACCGACAUGGACAUUAAGCGAGUUAUGCACCUGUCCCAAAGUAGCAGCUUGGCGGCUAUUUCUGCAGCCAUGGGCGGCUCUCCCGUAGGCGGACACAGCGCUAGCAAUGGCAACCCGAUCAUGGGAACAGCUAGCAUGGGACAUAUGAAUGGGCAGAAUAAUAACCAUCAUGGUAUCAGUUUGGGCAACAGUUUAAAUCAUAUGCAAAAUACGGUGAGUCAGCACACCCUCUCCCCUAAUUCGUCGAUUGGGUCUGCCGGAAGUAUCGGCAGUCAAGGAUCGAUUGGUGGAAACCAUGGAUUACACAGUGGCAAUAACAAUAUUGGCCACAACAUCGCCACUUCUCCCGGACAGGAAGGCCACAUCAAGCGACCCAUGAACGCGUUCAUGGUUUGGUCCAGAUUACAGAGGCGACAAAUUGCCAAAGAUAAUCCUAAAAUGCAUAAUUCUGAAAUAUCAAAGCGCCUGGGAGCUGAAUGGAAGCUACUUGCCGAAUCUGAGAAACGACCAUUCAUCGAUGAGGCAAAAAGGUUGCGGGCCCUACACAUGAAGGAACACCCCGACUACAAGUAUCGUCCCCGUCGCAAACCCAAAAAUCCAUUAACAGCUGGUCCCCAAGGCGCACUUCAAAUGCAGGUGAACACACAGCAGAAACUAGCAUCCAAUGCGAAUCCAGGUUCCGGCUCAUAUAAUCCAUUCCAUCAAUUACCUUACUUUGCUCCGUCACACCACUUGGAUCAGGCCUACCCCGUUCCCUACUUUGGCGGUUUCGAUCCACUGGCACUCUCCAAACUGCACCAGUCACAGGCAGCUGCCGCAGCAGCUGCUACAAAUCAAUCGCACAGUGUCCUGGAAGCCCAAAAAAAUGCUCAGCUGCCACCCACAACUUUGAGUAGCUUCUACUCGGGCAUUUAUUCCGGCAUGUCCGCACCCUCCCUUUAUGCAGCCCAUUCUGCUAAUGCCGCCGCCGGCCUCUACAAUUCGUCGUCAACAUCAUCGCCCGGCUCCUCACCCGGUACAUCCACCCCCAACGGCUUGGAGGGACACAUGGACAAUGCGCUGCGGAGACCAGUUCCAGUAUUAUACUGAAUCUGAAGACCCCACCUACGAUGACACUCCUCAGCAUCUCUCGGCAGCAUAACCGAAUAAUGACGAAUCUCCAUUGUAAAUUAUUUUUAUUAUUAGUAUUAAAUAUAUAAGUGUAUGUAUGUACGUCGUCAAUAGCAUAUAUAUAUGUAUAGUUUUAAGUAUUGUGAGUAUUGUUUGUUGUUUUGUUUUUCUCUUUUUAAUUAUAUACUAACAAAAUGUAUUAUCGCAUAUUCAUACAUCAUAAUUCAAGAAAAAAAUUGUACAUAGUGAAAAACAAUUAUUGAAACUUCCAAUUUAAAAAGUAUUAUUUAACUAAAUAAAAAACAAAAACAAGUACACAUUCAA